AUGUCCUCACCCCACAGAAUCCAGAAGCCAAAAAGGAAUCCACCAGCCCGCGGCACCCGCUGCAAUGUCAAGUACACCAUUGAGCAGAAGGACUUUAUUGAUUACUGGCGCAUCGACCGCCACGACCGCGAGACGCCUUGGGACGACGUCAACCGCGAGUACAACGCGCAAUUCAAAGGCCCGCUACGUCGCAAUGGUGGGCUCCAGAGCGCAUACUACCGCGAGAACAAGAAGAUUCCCGUGACCGAUGCUCAAGGCCUUCUCGUUUUUGACGAAUUUGACGAGGUCAAGACGAUUGAGUUGCCCGUACGUGAUGCCAAGGCCCGUCUCAUCAAAAGCAUAGGUCUGCUCUCAACACAUCCGGAGCGGGCAAUUCACUACUCGUGGGUGAGCAAGGAACACAAGCGUAAAGUCUGGAGGAUCGGCCAUGAGAGACAAGCGCAGCUCGACGCCUCCAUGCAGAGGCAGCGGCGGCGCGCCGAGAUGGAGGCGCGCCUCGCCAGGGGCCAGGAGCAGCAUUCCGCGCCAGUCGCCGAUGAUUGUGCCGUUCGAAGUCGGCUCUGA